GCACACAAUGAUAAUGUGUUAUCAAAAGCUGCAUUGGCCCAACGUGCACGUCGAGAACGUGAAAAAAAUCAAAAGCCAUGUUCUGCAUACCAAUUGGGACAACGCCUGCGACGAGAACGAGAAAGAGAAAGAGAAAGAUUGAAGGAAUGUAUUAACCCAAGACAACCUUCUUUAACACCAAAUUGGCCUCCUCCUACAACUCCAUGUAGAAAUGUUGGUGUGGUCAUCCGUGAUGAGCACGACCUUAAUGUUAUCCGUGUUCGUGUGGCAAAAGAUAAAGAAAAUGUCAACCCAAUGUCUAAAGGAAAAGAAAAGAUGGCUCCUUCCGGCAAGAGAAUGACAAAUGCAUGUCAUGUGGUAUAUAUUAUUUUUUAAAAAUACGAUGCAAAACUAAUCAAAAUUUUGAAUAGUUAAAAUAUAUGAGUGUAUAAAAUGAAUUUAUUGUAUUAUGUUGUUUUUGUAGAAUGAUUGUAAUAUGUUUUCCUGUAACUUGCUAUUAUUUGUAUGUGUCUUUCAAAUUUAUUUAUUCUUA